AAGUCUAAGAGGAGAGAUUUUGCUGAGGGUUUUGAAUUUGACAAAAAAUCGAAGGCUUCUUUCUUUGUUCAGUGUUUUGUAGUUUGAUCUUAGUUUUUCCUCACUGCUGAGACCCAAAUGGGAUGCAUGGGAUUAUUUGCUAUUUCAAAUGUUUCUACAGCAUAACUUUACCUCUCUCUCCUUUGUUCUAAAAGUUUCUAUUUUGGAACGCAAUCUUGCUCUUUAUUUGUGAUUAAUUCUACUGCUUAGUUAGAUUGGGGAAAAAACAAAAGAGUUAAAGAGGUUGUAGCCUAUAUGUACUGUAAAACUUGUGGAUGAAAGGAGAUUAUGACAUGAUAAAUUCUUUGUGGGCCUGUGCUGUUAAAACUGUUGUUAUCAAGUAGGGGACACAGUUAACUUGUUUUUGUUGGAAUUAGAAAUGGCCUUGUGAACGCUCCUAUUAUUCACUGCAGGCUUCUAGGUUUUUCUUCUUUGUUUGAUUUCUCCAUUGUCCCUUUCAUCUCUCACAAUCCCUAAACCUAAUUACCAUUUACCGUUAAAUUCACCGUAGCAUUAAUUUCUGUAUAUUGUUAUUUGCUGCUAUUUAUUGCAUCUUCGAAUUAGUGAUUUUCAGAUAUUUCUCAUGGUCUAACUGAACUUCGAUGCCUUUUCAUUUAACAAUAGGUCAGCAAUUCACAAGAGUCCAAGUUUUUGAAUUGUGGAGCAAAUCACCAUUGAACUCUUCACAUACUCCACUGGGGCUGUGAUUUUUAUUGGAGGUGAACUCUGGUUCAGCUUUCUUGGCCUUGCUUUUGUUUUCUCUUCUUGCUUACCUCUAUGGCCUGACAUAUCCUGGUUUCCCAUAAUUAAAGUCUGUUGUCAAUCCGGUUGUUAGUGAUUCCAAAUUUAGAAAUAAUUCAGAUCCUACUUCCAAGAAAAUCUGUGGUUUUGGCAAGUGGCUUUAAGGCUGGCCUAGAUUCUGGAGCACUUUGGUAGAUAUCUUUUCCUCAUCUUGUGAGUGCUAUUAGCUGUAGGUAACUCAGAGAAGGCUAGAUGUCUGUGAAUGAAGGGGGCAGUGGUUCUCUGUGGACUAAAGAACAAGAUAAGGCAUUCGAGAAUGCCCUUGCUACUUAUCCUGAAGAUACUUCAGAUUGGUGGGAGAAAAUAACAGCCGAUGUACCUGGGAAAACUGUAGAAGAGAUUAAACAUCAUUACGAGCUUCUGGUUGAGGAUAUUAGCCAGAUUGAAGCUGGCUGUGUACCAUUGCCUAAUUAUAGCUCUUCUUCAGAAGGUUCAACGAGCCAUGCCAUUGAUGAAGGAACUGGAAAGAAGGGUGGCCACUUAGGGCAUCAUAAUAGUGAUUCCAAUAAUGGAAAUAAAGCUUCAAGGUCAGAUCAGGAACGCCGUAAGGGAAUUGCUUGGACUGAGGAUGAGCACAGGUUAUUUCUUCUUGGUUUGGACAAAUAUGGGAAGGGUGAUUGGCGAAGUAUAUCGAGAAACUUUGUCGUGACAAGAACACCUACACAAGUAGCAAGCCAUGCUCAAAAGUAUUUUAUUCGUCUCAACUCAAUGAACAAAGAUAGGAGGCGAUCCAGCAUUCAUGACAUCACCAGUGUUGGCAAUGGAGACGUUGCAGCACCUCAAGGACCGAUAACUGGUCAAACAAAUGGUUCUGCUGCAGGUUCCUCUGGAAAGGCAGCAAAACAACCACCUGCACAGCCAGUUGGUCCCCCAGGAGUUGGUAUAUAUGGUCCUCCAACUAUAGGCCAGCCUAUAGGAGGUCCCCUAGUCUCGGCAGUUGGCACCCCGGUGAAUCUUCCAGCACCAGCACACAUGGCUUACGGUGUUAGAGCCCCAGUACCAGGAACAGUGGUUCCUGGUGCACCGAUGAACAUGGUUCCUAUGACAUAUCCAAUGCCGCACACAACCACUCAUAGGUAAAAACAUAUGUGGUUGGCGACAAGCAUGCAAAAGACAGAAGACUUUUUGCUUGUGCUCAUUUUGGGUUACAGGGUUCUCCAUUUUAGCCUGAUUAAGGUUCCGCGCUUCUGCUUAUCGGCAAGCAAAAGUUGUCUCAUGUCAUUUUGUUUACUCGGGUGCCACUCUCAAGUCUCAAAUAAGCCACGGGGAGAGAGGAACUAUAGACAUCUGUAUAGGCAGCAGCUUUGGGAAAAUAUGGCAGCAUUUAUGGGGUAGGACAACGUUUAAUUUAUCCUUCAUAGUUUUACAUUACAAGCUCUUAGACAUGUAGAAGUAGACAAUUAAUGUAUUUUUUUUUCUUUCAUGACCAUAAGUUGUAAAGAACCCGUUUAUAUUUCAACUCUUCACAGUUGCAUAUGUAGUCGAUCACAUAUUUUGCUGCA